GUACCAGCAGCCCCUGAGGCCGGGGGGCCCGGGGAGGCAGGCGGCCGAUGGCCCGGGCAGAGGCAGCACCUUGGGGCCAGCCGGGCCGCGGAGCCGGCAGGAGGCGCUGGGGCUGCUGGAGGCAGCGGUUGUGUAUCGGGCAGGACCACUGGUGGCUGUCAGCAAGCCCCCGGGCCUGGCUGUGACAGGCAGUCCAGGGCAGCUGAGUUUGGUUUCGCUGCUCCCAGACCUGAGCCAGAGGCUGUCUCUCCCUCCUGAGCUCCAUGUGGUCAAAGCAGCUGGGAAGGACAGCUCUGGCCUCGUGCUUCUCUCCAGCUGCCAUGGCACCACGCAGCAGCUCCAUGCGUUCUUCACGCAGCUCCGGAGAGCAGGGCGUCCCCCCGCCACUUACCGCGCUGUCACUGCCGGGGUCCCAGCUGCCAUGGAGGGGGAGAUCCGCACAGGACUGAAGCUGGAGCAGGUUGGGGACCUGCAGCUGGUGGUGCCGGUGGCUGCGCCGUCCCGACGCAGCGUGGAGAGGAAGGAGGUGAAGCAAACCCUGACCCGCUACAAGGUGCUGGGCGCGGCUCCGGGCUGCGGCCUGGUGCAGCUCCAGCCCAUGACAGCCUUUCCCGGCCAGCUCCUGGUGCACCUGACGCUGCUGCUGUGUCCUGCGCUGGGCGACCACGUGUACUCUGCCCGUGUGGGCACGGUCCUAGGGGAGCCCUUUCUGCUGCCUGCAGGGAGCGCUUUGCCGCACACACAGGUCCUGGGCGAGCAGCUGCUCUGCAAGCUGCGCCUCACUCAGCAGCUGCUGCAUCGCUUGCCACUGCAUCUCCACCUGCACCAGCUGCUGCUCCCGACAGCGAUUCUCACUGCGCCGCCGCCGCCCUUCUUCCUCCAGACGCUCCGUCUGCUGGGACUCCCUGGGGACCAGAGUGCGCCGUGACGGGGCUGCCCCCAGAGCUCUAGGUUCGGGUCUCUGCAUCCUGCUGGUGUGGGACUCCUCGCAGGGACGGUCUCCGGGAUGGCUGAAUAGCCGUGAACAUACAGCCUUCCCCCUCUUCCUGGAAGGCUCCGUGCAGGAGGUUGGCGCCGCUGGGCUGCUGCUCCAGACUCCUCCCUCUCGGUGUGGGGGUGUGGCAGGACAGCCCCCCUGGCGCCCCACCUGGUGUGUGCCACCAACAGACUGGUUCUCGGGUUUAGCCAUAUUGAUCUUUACAGGGCCCAAACUGGAGCUCCCACUGCUGGCAGGGAUCCUUCUGCCACUCAGGACCUUUCCUGCUCUUCCCCAGGCCCCCCCUCCCCCCAUUUCUCAGCCUUGCCAAAGGGUUGGUUUGGGGUCGUGUCUCAUGGCCCCCUCUGGUUCUGUCAGCUGCACCUGUGCAAGGGCCUUUGGCCUCCCUGGCCUGUCCCAUGUCCCCUCUGUUUCAUGGGUGUUCAGCGCUGCGUCAGGGACAGGGUCGGUGCUCCCCAGCGGCUGGGAUCAGCAGCCCCUCCUUGGAGGCAGGACCCCUUGGAGGCAGGCACACUGCUGCCCCCACCUGCAAUUGUCCCACCAAACCAGUGUGGCCCCAGCUACGCCCCUGCUGUUCCCUGGUGCUCGUGGGGCUGGGGUUACAGUCAGCUGUUUGAGCAGAGCCGUGCUGGCCCUGCCUGGGGGGGGUGCGUCCUACAGCUAGCCUGGGGGGCCAGCCCGACUGCGUGCAGAUACAGCAUAGCCCAUCUCCCACUGGCGCUCCAUGCGGCGACAGCACCUCGCCCCACGCUCCGGGGAGGGGUGUCUCCGAGCAGCUUUAAAGCCCUGUGUGUGCUGGCAUCGUGCUCCUGGGCGGGUGGGGCUAGAACCCUGAGGGCAGGGACUCAAAGCUCCAGGCCCCCCCAGCCCUGCAGGUUUCACAGGGGGAGACGGCAGCAGUGAGCAUGUCCCAGAAGCCCUUGCACUGGCUGUCACUAGGAAUAAGCUGUUGCAAGGAGCUGCCAGUCUGCAAAGGACUUGUGAGCAGUAGUGGUUCAUUUCCCCCUCUUGGGUGUGAGGCUGCCCUGUGGGGUGCAGCAGGAACCCCUCCCAGGCCCAGUUCAGCUUGACUGGUGGGGGAACAGGGCCCAGCUUGGAGGGGAGCCCUGACAGGCUGUUGAAUUCCAUGGCCCUGCAGGCCUCUUCCUGGCCACAGAGCAGAAAGCCCCCUUGGGGAGAGAAUUUCUCUGGCCCUGGCCCUGCCUGUGAGUGUGGCCUUCAGGGGCUUCUCCCCAGAGGGCAGGCCCCCUUGUGCCCUGUUCAUGGCCAUGGAGUCCUGCUGCUGGAGACAUCAGAGCAGCGGGGCCAGCGCAGACACCCUGUGCUCCCGUGUGUUAGAACUAGGGUAUUUUCUGUGUUUUAAAGGUGUAGGUGCCCAGACUGCAUCCGAACCAUGGUGCCAAAUCGUCCCAGGCAAGGGCAGAUGCAGGUGUGGGGGGCUCUGGCUUUCUGGUGUAUGCACUCCCAGUGUACAUCCUGGGGGAUUUGGGGGAAUCCAUGUACAAAACAUGAAACUGCUGGAUCAUUGGACACCUCCAUGUAGGUGGAGGUUGCCCCCUCCAGCCAGGGAGAGGGGGGCAGUCGUACCCCCAGGGACGGGUGCCUGUGCUGGGAACAGUCUGCAAGGGGGGGCUUGGAGCAGUUGAAUCCCCAGAAGCAGCCUGAGGAGCCAGGUGUUGGAGGUGGGGUUUAUAAACGCUGAGGCACUCACAGGUAGCACUGCCUGUUUUGGUUACAUGACACAAUCUUUAAUUAAAGCUUAAUCUUUAA